AAAGUCGCUCUAUGAACAAAUCUAAUAUCACGUUAUGACUAAAACUAUUAAUGGUUUUUUUUUUUUUAUACGUAUUUUGCGUCAUAAAUAAAACCAAAUUUGUAGCAGUGAGGACAAAUAUAAAAAUUAAAUAAAAAUAUUUUCAACAAUGGAAUAUCGCGCGUAUAUAAAAAAUUACAACUGAAUGUGUUCAAUAAAAUAAAAUGAAAUAAAAAAAGAAAAAAAAUUAAAUAAAAUAAAAAAAAAUAAAUAAAAAUUCUUGAGUACUGAAACAUACUUUUUGGUAAUUAUAAAUCUUUCAUAAGUAAUUGUAAUUGUUCAACUAAAUAGAGGACAUAUCUGAUGAAUUAAAAUUUAUUAUUAUAAUUCAUGAACGAAAUUGAAAUUUGCAAUUUUAUUGAAAAAUUGAAUUUUCGAUUUCAAAUUCAAAAUUAUUUCAUGUAAAAUCUUAUUUUAGUUAGAAAUUUAUUAAUUAUAGAAUGUUUAUCGAUAAUCAUUAUUUAAAAGUUUUUCAAAUAUUUUACAGGCAUCUACGUGUAUCCUUGUUUAUAUGUAUGUAUGUAUGUAUAGACGUAAGAACGCGGUCGGUAAUAUUUCACGCAUGAAGAGAUAUGAAAAAUUAUUAUUAAAUCGAUAUUAAUUUGAUAAUACAUCAAAUAUUAAUUUAUUUAAUGGUACGUAGAAAAUGAUUUUAUUUCAAGGAUAAAUAGAAAAUUAUUGUUAAUAAAUCUUUUUGAUCCGUCAUUAUUUUGAUUCAAUCUGUAGAAGAGUAUGAUAUUGAGCGCCAUCUGUACUCCAAAGCAUCUUUAAGAAAUGUUUUUAAACGUUCGGUGUGUUUUACGUAUCGAUUUAAAUGAUCGCAUAUUAUUAUUACAUAAGUUAAUCAGUAGUGAUUUAUAAUAGUGAAAUAAUAUUGUAACAAUUAUAAAUUAUCGACACAUACAUCUGUAAAACAAAUUCAAGAAAUGAAUACUAAACCUGUAUUUUCUAAACCUGGAAGCUCAACAUGGCAAGAAGACAAGCCAGAUAUCGACGCGCAUUCUUCGACACAAUUUGUAUACAAUGCUCACCAUUCUCUCGCAUUGGAUAUGCAACGCAAACGACUACCUAUAUACAGGAACAGAGAUCACAUCAUAUAUCUACUUGAAAAAUAUCAAACUCUAGUCCUGGUUGGAGAAACUGGAUGCGGGAAAAGUACGCAGUUACCACAGUACCUUCUCGAGGCAGGAUGGUGCGAAGAUGGUAAAAUAAUUGGAAUAACAGAACCAAGAAGAGUUGCAGCUACAUCAUUGGCAAGUCGAGUUGCUGACGAACGUAACUGCAUACUUGGAACCGAAGUUGGUUAUUGCAUACGUUUCGAUGAUUGCACCAAUGAAUCUACCAAGAUCAAAUAUAUGACUGAAGGAAUAUUGUUACGUGAAUUAAUGAGCGAUCCAUUGCUGACAACGUAUGCAAUAAUCGUAUUGGAUGAAGUACAUGAAAGAACUUUAAUGACUGACAUCAUUAUGGGUCUUUUAAAAAAAAUUAUUAGAAAACGUAAAAGUUUAAAGAUCGUUGUGUCCUCGGCAACGGUCGAUGCCGAACAGCUACGCGAUUUUUUUAAUAUGAAUUCAACAAAGGAUUCUUCAAAGGAUACUGCCGUAAUUAUGAGCGUCGAGGGUAGAUUAUAUCCAGUAGAUAUUUUCUACGUCAGAGAACCAGUACCAAAUUACGUUACGAGUGUUGUGGACACAGCUUUAAAGAUUCACGAGGUAGAAGAACCUGGUGACAUUUUAGCAUUUCUCACGGGACUCGACGAAGUAGAUCAGGCAGUUUCUCUUCUAUCAGAACAUGCUAAACUUAUAAAGGAUGGAAAACUAAAACUACAACCAUUGGCAAUGUAUGGAUCUCUACCAAACAAUGAACAACUGAAGGUAUUCUGGAGGGCUGCCAAAGAUACGCGAAAAGUUAUCGUGGCGACAAAUAUCGCUGAAACUUCAAUUACCAUUCCAAACGUCGUUUACGUGAUCGAUUGCGGCUUUGUCAAGAUGCCCUGGUUUGAACCGGAAACGCAAACUAAUAGUCUUACUAUCGUACCCGUGUCUAAAGCUUCGGCUGAUCAACGUGCCGGUCGUGCGGGUCGUGUUCAAAGUGGAAAAACUUAUAGAUUAUAUACGGAAGAAGCUUAUAAUGAAUUACCAGAAGCAACGCCACCAGAAAUGCAAAGAUCGGAUUUAGCACCAGCGAUCUUGCAAUUAAAAGCAUUAGGAAUCGAUAAUGUACUUCGGUUCAAUUUUCCAUCGGCUCCACCAAGUAAAAAUCUUAUAGCAGGCAUGGAAUUACUUUAUGCGUUAGGUGCUAUAGAUAAUGAUGGGGAACUGACGACACCAUUAGGCAUGACAAUGGCAGAAAUGCCAUUAGAACCUACCUUUGGAAAAUGUCUUAUUGUUUCCGGACAAAUGGGUUGUUCGGAAGAAAUUGCAUCGAUAAUAGCGAUGCUUCAAGUACAAAAUGUUUUUAUUCGACCUGGCGGUGGUCAAGCCAUUGCAAAAGCCAGAGUGGCUCAUCGUAAAUUCGAAGUAGAGGAAGGCGAUCUCUUGACGUUAUUAAAUGUUUAUGCUGCCUAUGAGAAAAAUAAAACGCCAAGUUGGUGUCAAAAGAAUUUUUUAAACAAUAAAGCUUUACGAAGAGCUUCGGAAAUUCGAGGACAAAUUUGUCGAAUGUUAAAGAAAUUGGAUAUUCCUUUGACAUCUUGCAAUGGAAACGUGGAACAAAUAUUGAAAUGCAUAACAACAGGAUUAUUUCCAAAGGCUGCGUAUUUACAUUAUACUGGUGUAUAUAAAACGAUCCGAGGGGAUAAGGAUUUAUAUAUCCACUCAAACAGUUGUCUAUAUACUAUUCAACAGCCACAAUGGAUACUUUACUGCGAAAUAGUACAAACUAAUAAAACUUAUAUGAAAGAUUUAACUACGAUACAAUCUGAAUGGUUAUUGGAAUUGGCGCCACAUUUUUACGAAAAAACUUCAAUCGAUCCGGUGUAAAAGAGAUAUCAUAAUUUGGUAAUUAUAUGCAAGAAGAAUUCUAUUGGUCCGCUGAUUCGCUAAAAAUGUGCAUGCGCAAUGAGACUCUUCUGGAACACUAGCGCCUCCAAAUCAACGGUUUAAUAACAAUACAGGUUAUGUUACUCUCGAUCUUGUUGGUAUUGUAAAG